AAUUUUUCUACUUUUACUUUUCCAUCCAACCCGCUCAACCUUUUAAUAUAAUCUUACAACAUUCGAAAUUCGCCAUUUUAAAUCCUGUCACAACUAUAAUUACAAUUUAGUCGCUAUUCUUCAGUGAUGCGUUAUCACUAGUUUUUUUUGCCCAUUAUAUCACUAUUAUUUUACAUCAAUUUGGGCUUGACUUUUUCGAGAUAUAUCUUUUGGUCCAGAUAUUUUUGACUUACCUAGAAAAUAAAAUAGCAAAAUGAAAAAACAAAAAACAAAAACCAAAAAUUAAAAAGAGAGCCAACUAUUUAUAUUCAAAGACAUGAGGUAGACAACCAGCAAACACGAAAACCUAACCCCCCCAAUCGCCCCUCUCACUGUCAAACUUCCCAUACUCUCCAACAACAUCAUCAUCAUCAAUAUCUCCGGGGAAACUCCGACCAAUCUCCGACGAGCACUAAAAAAACCAUCAAAAAAUGAAAAGCAAAGAAUGAAGAACGUCAACAGAUUACCAUCAUCUUCAUCAUCAUCAACAUCAUGUCACUUUCUUACUCCGACUGCUUCUCCGACCUACUAUGCAGCGAGGAUUCCGGGACGGUAUUAUCCGGCGAAGACCACCCGGAAUGCUCGUCGGAGAUUGAUUCCCGGCUGCCACCCCCGGAGGACUUGGAGGAAUCCAUCGAAAUAUUCAUUAAACACGAGAGAAACUACGUGCCCGGAAAAGAUUAUGCGGAGAGGUUUCAAUCCCAAUCCAUAGAUGCCUCCGCCAGAGCCGAAUCCAUUGCAUGGAUUCUCAAGGUACAACGUUACUAUGGUUUCCAGCCACUAACGGCGUAUCUCUCCGUCAACUAUUUCGAUCGAGUUCUCUACUCCCGUUCUUUGCCGAAAACAAGCGGGUGGCCGAUGCAACUACUAUCUGUUGCCUGCUUGUCGUUAGCUGCUAAGAUGGAGGAACCCCUGGUUCCUUCUCUUUUAGAUCUUCAGAUUGAAGGAGCAAAAUAUGUGUUUGAACCAAGGACAAUCAGCAGAAUGGAGCUUCUUGUGCUAAGUACAUUGGAUUGGAGGCUUCGAUCCAUAACUCCAUUUAGCUUUAUUGGCUUUUUUGCUCAAAAAGUCGAUCCAACAGGAACUUAUUCCAGUUUUCUUAUUUCAAGGGCCAGCCAGAUUAUUUUAUCCCAUAUUCAAGAUGCUAGUUUUCUGGGGUACUGGCCAUCCUGCAUUGCUGCAGCAACAAUCCUUUGCGCAGCGAGAGAUCUGCCGCUCUUCUCUUUCCUGAAUCCUGAAUACGCUGAAUCCUGGUGUGAUGGACUCCAAAGAGUGAGGAUCAAUUUCCUUAAUUAUAAGCUACAUUAUUCAUAUUUAAAUGGUAUUGCAAAUGUGACAUUAUUAGUGAAUUUCAUUCUUACUUGAUCAUUGGUUAUUUCAUUUCUUUUCCCACUAUAAAUAAUGAUCAUUUAUUCGAACAAAUCUUAGUACUAUGAUCAUCAUUAACCUUUUUAACCUUCUUUGAGCAUUAAAUAACCUUUUUUUUUCUUUUUUGGUUUUUGAAGGAGAAAUUAGUCAGCUGCUACCAGCUAAUAAUGCAGCAAAUAGUGAUGGAUAGUAAUAAGUCAAGAAAGACACCGAAGUUUUUACCACAACUUCGUGUCAUGUCUCGGAUGAGUCUUGCAUCCAGCGAAUCAUCAUCAUCAUCCCCAUCAUCAACCACAUCAUCAUCUUCUUCAUCAUCCUCUUCUUCAUCUAGUAAGAGAAGAAGAUUGAAUAAUUACUUCUGGACAGAUGAUGACAAAGAAAGCUCUUGAAAUCCACAAGGAAAUAAAGGGGUUCUGUACAAACAUUAAAAAACAGUGGUCCAGAAGAAGGGAGUCUUUUCGAGGGUUUUGAUGAGAAAUAAGAAAGGAAAGAAAAAAAAAGAAAAAGAAGACUAGUAUAUAGAUAUGUAUUCAUAUAGUACAUGUACAUGUAUGAGUGCUUGGAGAUUUUUUUGAUUUUUUUUAGGUGAAGCAAAUGCCAUCCAUUUAAUGGCUUUGCAGAUUCCCAAGGGAAAGGGAAUGGUUUCUGGUACAUAUAUAAUUUUGGUGUGUGACAAAGAAAGUCAUGAAGGUGAGAGAGAAAAGAAGAAAGAAGAGAGGAGGAUUUGUUUUUAAUACUACUAGUGGAGUCAUGGGGUGGUGAUGGAUUGGAGUGAAUUGGCUUAUUGAAUUCAAAGACUGCAUUGAUUAAUGAAUGAAAAGGGUGCAAGAUGGAGGGACCCUUUGCAUUGGACUACAAGUGAAAAAAAAAAAAAAAUUAGUAGGAGUUGGCAAAAUUAUGGGAUUGCACUUUGAAGUUUGAGCUGUUCAUGUGUUACAAGUCAAGCUCCUCAGGUAGGCCAUCAUGAUUGAUUCCUCUCCCUAUAUAUUAUCAAUGGAUUCAGUGGAGAAAAAGAUCAAAGAAUUGAGGAAGCAAGAAAAAGAAAAUGGCCGGCUUUGCAUCUUGAUUUGCGCUAAGUAUAGGUAAUACUUAGAGUAAUAAUUUGCAUUUGGAUUUGCUCUAAGUAUAGGGAAUACUUAAGAGUAAUUAAUACUUCUUGAUGGAGUUUUUGAGUGAAGUGUUUAGACGCUAUUCAUUUAGAAUCAUGGCGUUCUACACACGUGUGCAUGUGUGUUAUUUUUGGCGGGAAUGGCCCUUUUAUUUUUAGAGUCCUAACCAUAUACUUGGACAUUUUCUUUUUUUCUGUCUUGGCACGUGUUAUGGGUACACGUGUUAAUUCUUUUUAUAAAUAGAGAGAAUUUUUUGGGCUUGUUUGUAAUAGAUGGGGGAUAAUAGAGAAAGAGAAACAAUCCUCCUUUGUUUAAUGGCCUAAUUUUGGCCUAAUUAUACAAGAAAAAAAAAAAAAGGUCUUGGGGGCCUUUUUCCAAAUCACCGUGUUGUUCUUUAUGGUUCCUUGAUGAAUAUACAUUCAAACAUACACUGAUAUGCUAAUUUCUUAAACCAUGUCUAUGUUGAAACUACGGGAACAACAGUACAAUACAUGUGCAAUGAAGAUGAUUAAAUAUAUAUAUAUAUAUUUUUUAUUUUGGGAUGAAUUCUAUGUAUUGUACCGUCACACAUUUUUAUUAGGAAGGUAUAUCAUUUUGUAUGGUACAUCUCCAUUGUACAAAAUACGUACCUCCUUUAUAUCACUGUUAUCUCUCUCAGAUUGACCCAAUUGAUUUGCCAUGCACGUGAAUGACAAUGGAGACUUUUGUAGCUUUGCCCUUUGUUUUUAUUGCAUUCAGAAAGAUUUAAAGGAAACUUCUCU